UUUUCCAUAAAGAAAGCGUGAGGAAGCCACUACCUCACGUUGAAAACCCACCACUUUCCCUUCUUCACCCCCAACAAUGUGCACCUGCAGCUGCCUUAGUGCGUGCUUAACGCCCAAUACAUCUCAUUUUCCCUACUUUUCUUCACUUCUUCAUCUUCAUAUGCCCAUAAUCUAACCAUUCUUCCUACAUUUUCUCUCAAUUUUCUGUCUAAAUUUGUCCGAAAUGGCCUCAAAUAUGUACACAAAGCUGAGAAAAUCACCUAUUUCAUCGACUUCUAACUAUAAACUUUGUAUAACUCUGUUUUUUACAGUUAUAUUCACUAUACCAGCUUUGUUUUUACUACAAAACAACCCUUCUUCAUUGUGUUUUCCACCUUUAAGCACUACUAUAAAAACUAAGUCAUGGGGUGGCGACCUGCGAGUCGCCACCUUUGCUUGGAACCACCUAUCGUUUAUUGGGCAUGGGGUCCGCCCACUUAAGAUUGCGGUUUUUUCAAGGAAGUGGCCGGUAGGGUCCACACCCGGGGGUAUGGAGCGUCAUGCUUAUACCCUCCACACCGCCUUAGCGAAUUAUGGUCAUAAAAUACAUGUUUUUACUUCCCCGUAUGAGCAAAACCCGGGUCCAAGCCUAAAUUCAAAAUCAAUGCCAGAAACCAACCCAACCAUACACUUUCACGAGGGCGAGCCUGGGAAGUGGCGGUACAACAAGGCGUGGGAUCAAUUCACCGAGGAGAACCAACACGAGGCGUUCGAUGUAGUCCACACAGAGAGCGUGGCACUCCCUCAUUGGCUCGCCCGCCAUCUAACCAACCUUGUGGUUACAUGGCAUGGCAUUGCCCUUGAAAGUUUGCAAUCAAGUAUAUACCAAGAUUUGGCUAGGGCACCAGAUGAGCCUAUGUCACCUGGUUUUAACCAAAGUAUACAAGGGGUAGUUCCUAAAGUACUUAAUGAAAUAAGAUUUUUCCACAAUUAUAAACAUCAUGUUGCAAUUAGUGAUAGUUGUGGUGAAAUGCUAAGAGAUGUAUACCAAAUCCCAUCAAAAAGAGUUCAUGUUAUAGUAAAUGGUGUAAAUGAAGGCGAUUUUCGGGAAGAUUUUAGGUUAGGCCAAGAUUUUAGGUCUAAAAUUGGUAUGCCCAAAAAUGCUACAUUAGUGAUAGGUGUGGCAGGGAGAUUAGUGAAGGAUAAAGGGCAUCCCUUGGUUUAUAGGGCAUUUUCUAGGUUUAUAAAAGACCAUCCAAAUGUGUAUCUCAUUGUAGCAGGGUCUGGCCCAUGGGAAAACCGGUAUCGAGAACUAGGGCCUCAAGUGCUAGUUUUGGGGUCAAUGAAGGCGUCUGAAUUAGGCGGGUUUUAUAAUGCGAUUGAUAUAUUCUUGAACCCGACUUUGAGGCCCCAAGGUCUCGAUCUUACACUUAUGGAGGCGAUGUUGAGUGGAACCCCUGUGAUGGCCUCAAGGUUCCCUAGCAUUAGGGGGACGAUUGUGGUGGAGAAGGAGUUCGGGUUUUUGUUUGCUCCGAAUGUGGAGUCGUUGGUGGAGACACUAGAAGAAGUGACUAAAGAAGGUGCAAAAAGGCUAGCUCAAAGAGGAAAAGCUUGCAAGGAUUAUGCACAAUCUAAGUUCACUGCACAUAAAAUGGCCUUAGCAUAUGAAAGGCUGUUUCUUUGUGUGAAAAAUGAAACAUUUUGCAUAUACCCUUAAAAAGUCUUAGAGUAAUCUUUUUUCUUAGAUGCAGGGGGAAUAAGUUUUCCUCCAAGGUAGACUAUACAUAAACCCAAGUAUUUAUAUGUUGUUCAUUUUGAUAUUCUUAUCUUAAAUUAAAUUUCACCUCAAA